AUGGCCUACCCCAUAUAUCUCUACCCUACUACAACUUCUUGGUCAAUGAUUCACCUUCUCGAUAUAGAGGGCACAGUAUGUUCAAUCACCUUUGUCAAGGAUGUUUUGUAUCCAUAUUUUCUUGAAAAUUAUAGCGAAUUUGUAGGCUCAACUCCCUUUCCUGUAGAUCCACUGGCGGAUGAACUUUCGUCAAUCUUGGCCGGAUUUCCCGCCGAAGUUACACAAUCGGCCGAAACUUUGACACAGCACGUUCUGUACUUGGUUUCCAACGAUAUCAAGGACCCUGUUCUCAAAGCAUUUCAGGGUAUCGUAUGGGAGAAAGGGUACAUGAAGGGAGACUUGAAAGCACCAAUCUAUAAAGAUGCAAUUGAGUUCUUAAAUAGCGGAAAGACGUUGUAUAUCUACUCCUCGGGAAGUGUGUAUGCCCAGAAACUUCUCUUUCUGCACGUAGACGUAGACGGAAAGCUGGAGGACUUGACUGGACGUCUCUCUGGGUACUUCGACAUCACCACCUCCGGAUACAAGCAGCAGAAAACUUCAUAUGAGAAUAUCAUUGCGUCUAUUGGCUGCAGUGCCUCGGAUGUCACGUUCUAUUCUGAUAACGUUUUGGAGGUGAAGGCUGCGCUAGAGGCGGGAAUGGCUGCCAAAGUAGUGGUGAGACCUGGGAAUGCCCCUAUCAGCAGCGAAGAUCAGGAGAAACUAGAUAUUAUUUAUUCUUUUUGA